GUGGUGACGACGGGAUAGUAAAAUAUAUAGUGAAAAUGUCCGGGAAAACUGUUCCCGUGGAAAAACUAGUGCGUGUGGGUUAUUACGAACUCGAAAAGACUAUCGGCAAGGGCAAUUUCGCUGUAGUCAAGCUGGCCACUCACAUUGUCACCCGCACUAAGGUGGCAAUAAAAAUAAUCGAUAAGACUGUACUAGAUGAAGAAAAUUUAACUAAGAUAUUUAGAGAGACUGCCAUACUAAAGAAACUUAGACAUCCUCAUAUUACAAGGCUGUAUCAGCUUAUGGAGACGGAUCAGACAAUAUACCUGGUCACCGAGUAUGCCAGUAAAGGAGAGAUAUUCGAUCAUCUGGUGGCAAAGGGCAGAAUGUCCGAACCAGAGGCCAAAAGAAUAUUUAGUCAAAUUGUGUCGGCUGUAGGUUACUGUCAUUCUCAGGGCGUAGUUCAUAGAGAUUUAAAGGCUGAAAACUUAUUAUUAGACCAUAAUAUGAAUAUUAAGCUUGCUGAUUUCGGGUUUAGCAACCAGUUCACGGACGGGUGCCUGUUGUCCACGUUCUGCGGGUCACCACCGUACGCGGCACCAGAACUUUUUCAGGGCCUUAACUACGACGGUCCUAAGGCAGACAUAUGGAGUUUGGGUGUUGUUCUUUAUGUGCUGGUAUGCGGUUCUUUGCCGUUUGAUGGUCCAACGCUCCAUGCCUUAAGGAAUGUCGUGAUAGAAGGAAAAUUCCGUAUUCCAUAUUUCAUGUCACAAGACUGCGAACACCUAAUCAGGCACAUGCUGGUCGUGGACCCGGACAAAAGACUGACGAUCGCCCAGAUAGUGAAGCACCGCUGGCUGAGCGAUGCCCCGCCGGUGGACACGGGUCCCGAGCGGGAGACGCAACUGAACAAGACAGUGAUAGACCACAUGCUGCAGCUACCCAACCUCAGUCAAGCGAUGAUAAUGCAGUCACUUAAGAACAGAACCUUCGACCACAUCUACGCCAUCUACAACCUACUCGUCGACAAACUACAUUACCGAACGAUGAAUUUCCAGUCGAAAGUGUUGCAGCACUGGGUGGACAGCAAGCACAGGGUCGACCAGGCGGGUUUGGGCGAGUUACUGUCUGCGAGAUCGCCCAAGAUAAACGAACGCAGCGAAUCUUUCAACGAGAAACAGCUGGCGAUACAACUUGCUACGGAAGGCGAAAAUCCUGAUGCGGCACAGCUCGCUGACGAGCCAUUCAACUACAGGAGGGAGAGCUUCAACGAGAACUGUUUGAGAGACAUUCGUGACGAGACCAACGAGAGGCUGAGGUCAUUGAAUGAGGGAAUUUCCGAGGAGGCCGGGUCUCCGUUUGUCUCGAUGCCAGCCAUACCCGCCGUAUACUUAGCCGGCGAUGGCGAAAAUCAACCCUUGGAGAAGUUCGGUGAAAUGGACCUGGACACCAGUGAUGACGCUUGCUCCUUAACCGUCCCAUCGGCAUCUACAGGCUACAGCAGCUGCUCUUCGUCGGGCGAUAAGUAUCUGACCAUCAGGAGGCAUACUGUCGGACCAGGCGAUCCCGCACACGAACAGGUUUUGGAGAGUCACUACAUGGCGCAGAACCCUCAAGACCCGAACGGCGCAAAAUUACUUCCCCACACGAAUCUUCCGUUGCACCUUCCGACCUUGGGGCAGCAAAAUCCGCACUAUUUCGGUGGGAAGGAUCCCCACCUGUUGAAACCGCCCACGGUGCUAAGCGCAGUGGGCGGCUUCGGUAGACGAGCUUCAGAUGGGGGAGCAAACCUACACAUGGCUUGGGGCACGCCCGGGUCGCACGAACAGCUGUCUAUGAUGUCGACCAGUUCCAGUGGUAACCCUAGUCUGAGCAGUGGCACCGGAACGCAACCUUUGGACCACAAUCAGCAUGCCUUUGAGGAGUUAGCCGUAGCCCGGUACAUGCAAGGCAGGGGCAACACGAAGAGGCACACCAUGGCGAAUCCCGAGGACGUACAUUCUCUGCAAUCGACGGCUAGUUCGGGAGGUCGAACGAGGCGGACGGGUCUCCUCACUGUGAUGGAAAGACCGCCAGUAAUCCCGCCUGAGAUCGUGAUGGAGGUAGAGGCACGCAUGAAGCGCAACUAUAUGCCCUCGAUCUUGCCGCAACGCAAGCACAGCAGGCACGCCGUAAAGCCGCACUUACCUACCGUGCAGGAGCUCCAAGGGCGCGAACAGAAGUCCAUGGAACGGUUCUCGCCGGUGAGGAGAGGCAGUGAAGGUUCGGCCGGGGGCUCGCGCACUCUGAGCCCGUCCACGCCGCAGCAGGAGUGCCAGAGGCUGCAGAGGGGACUGCAGAGCAGGGCCAGCCCUCCGAGGUCUAUUCCAGGGUCACCGAUCCAUCAACAACUCGUUUCUAAUCAAAUCUCGGACUGCUCGUCUCCCAUCCAUCAGUUCUAUUCCACGUUACCCGACGGCAUCAAGAUCCAAGACCUGCAGAAAUAUUCUUCCUCUCGAGACCCAUCUGUUGGAUUAUCUGGCGAGAACUACCAACAACAAAACUACGCCUCAUAUGAUGCUUCAAACCGCAGCCCCAGUUACUCCUAUGAGACUGUCAAUCGCAGUCCUCUCCAUACCUCUCCUUAUGCGACUAAUCCUAGCAGCAGCCUGAGUUCACCUAUCCAGCAGAGUAUAUUCGGACAAGUUCCCGGUCUUGGGGUAUAUUCGGGGGCGAAUUCCCCUAUUCUCAAUCCCCUGUUGAGUCCUAACACUUCCCCCGUUUUCGGAGGUUAUGGCCAAACCACUCCUGUCAGUAGCGUUUCAUCUAUUACGCAAGGCAUUAGUGGUUUGAACACCACUAGCACCGGUUCUAUAACCCAAGGCAUUCCCUCGACCAACCUCCAGCUGGAGCUGCGCAACCAGCAGCUCCACGACGACUCCAAAAUGGACACCUCUGGGGCAUAUCCGUCGAAUCUUGCCACAAAUCUGCCGUCAUUCAUACCUACCGCACCGAACUUUUUGCACCAACCGCAUCAUAUGCACAUCCUGAACAUCCACAAUCACCGCAGUUUGACCAACUCGCCGAUCAGUAAUCCUGGCAGUCCCGGUUUGGAUAUGAUCCAAGAGGAGAUCCAUGUUCAGAGCUGUCCGAAGAGCGACCCGGGCGUCAGCGGACACCCGCAGAUAUCCGUAACGGACGUAUUAGGGAGCGAAGUGACGUUAGUCGCGGGCUCUGACACGUCCGAGGAUUCCAUGGACAGCCUCGACAACCAAAAAAUAGCGAAAAUCCCCUCGUUCAUCAUCUCGGAACCCUCGGAAAACCUACCGUCUAUCACACGGGGCAUAGGCCGGAAAACCAGCCAAGAAAACGAGCCGGGCGAGGCAAAAUUUUGCGGUAAACCCGGGGAACCAGAACCACAUACGGGAGAAGAGUUUUUUCUGAGGCGGAAUUCCGAUAAGAGCUCUUGUUAUUCAGACGAUUCCUUGUCUAACGACAGCUUGAGUAUCGGAAACCAAAGUCCCAGUUCCAGCUCCAACACGCAAUCCAGCCACGCUUUCGACAGUGAUAUACGUUCCCGACCCGUUGACAAGAACUUCGAGCAAAUUCAAAUCAACCAGGAACUGACGAAUGCCGGUACGGAGAACUUCCAGAUUUUUCAGAACCUAAAACUCAGCCUGGGCGAUUCGGGGAUAUUCACCAUUCAACACGCUGAAAUGAACAAUCGACUCGGCGACCACUGUGUUGUGCCCCCCUCGAACCUGCACAAGAAUUCCGGGUCCUUCGAGUUCGAACUCUCGGAGGUUUGUUCGAAGCUCCAGUCGACCGACAUCCUGGAAAUCGUGAAAAAGACAAUUAACGACCAAAUACCUCCUAAGACGUGUUUUCGGUCAGAGGACGUGAGUGAUAGGUUAAGUCUGGAGUACGAGGGGGGCAUCCAGAUUGAGUUGAAGAUCAUCGAGAAGCCCAAGGACUCGAAAGGUCUGAAGAUGAGGAGGAUAUCGGGGGAUCACUUAGUCUAUAAUCAGCUGUGCCAGCAGCUCAUCUCCUGCAUGACUGUGUCCUAGCAUUUAAAGUAAGUUUUAAUUGUUUUUUGUUCUUUUUCGAAAGUGCCAUUUUGUUUCGGCGCGCCACUGAUGAGUUGAUUUGCCGCCAGUGUUUAAUACACUUGGGGUUACGUAAAGUUUGGAACAAUGAGGUUAAGUACGAGUAAACUUUGGAACUUUGGGGUUAUGUAAAGUUCUGAAGUUUGAGGUUAUGUGAAACCCCAUUACGGUUUCAAAGAAACGAAUUGGGCUCUGUUUGACGAUGCAAUCAAUUAGGCGAAAUCCGGAAUUGGAUUUCGUUUCGACAGCUCCCGACGUUCUACGAUGUGAUAUGAAGUUUACGAGGAAAUAAGGUGGCACUUUGUUUUUGCCAACGUCCCUUUGCGUUCUAAGAAAAUUUCACUUAGUUGAGUUUUAGUUAGGUAAGGUAGGAUCAUAAAGGAAACGUAGCCGCAAGACGCAACUGUACUAAUGAUAAAGCCGGGGGUCGCGCUUCGUAAAGUUUUAUUUUGCGGGGCAGGGUCCAUCCUAGUUUCACCGAGCUGAUCUCUUCUCAUUCACCGUGCAAGCCUAAAAACCGGGGAAAAUAUUCGUAGCCAAAUAGAUAUAUUUUUUUUGUUCCGUCUAGUAAGGUUAGGUUGUAAGUUUGAGUUGCCCAGUUUCGGUUUUCGUUGCCAUAUUGUUUUCCGACGUUCGACAUUCCAUUUUUUUUGCUUCUCUCGCUGAGUUUAGUUUAUCAAAUACCAGGUUACCACACACUGAGAUUUUUUUUCUUUUUUUUUUUUGAAAGAUACGACUGAGGACUUUGCUAGUCCCCGUCGAGACCUAAAUAAGUAAAUGAAUUGUACAUAUAUUUUAAAUAAUGUAAAUAUUGCACAACUACUUGUAUAUAUACAUAUAUUUUAGAGAUACUACUGUAAUAUUUUUUUUUCUCAAGAUCGUGAUAGGUCUGCUGUAUGUUUACAUUGAGUAGUCAUUUUAGUUGUAGGGUUAAUAUUCCUAUUAUAAUUAGUUGGUUUCCAGAACCGUUGUCAUCUUUUUUGGCGACUUUCAGCAAACGAUACCAUUUCUUCUUCGCCAUAAUAACUUUACUUACCACAAUCAUCAACGUAGCAUAAACUUACGAAAGUCGCAGUGAAUUUACAUUGAUUUAAACACGACCACACAUUUUAUUUUUUAAUUCUAUGAAUUAACUUUCUUUUUUUUUUUGUUGAAAGUAGCCAACUAGUA